AUGGAUAUCGAGGGGCCUCCCAUCCCCCUAGACGCAGGAGACCCCGCAAACACCGCAUCUCCUCCCAGGGGGUUCUACUCCCUUUUCUUCUCCUCCUUUCAGGGGGCAGUGUGUCACGCAGAGGCAACAUUCACUCGCGAAGGCGCUGCGUGUGGGAUCCGUCCAGAUGGUCGAUGCCCCGCUGAUCUGAUCCUACCCGGCGCGGGAGGCCAGCAAGAGCCCUACAGCCUCUCCGUUGGAUGUGGGGCUGCUGAGCAGGAGCUCGCAGACGUAACGGGUGGAGACGGAGCCUCUCUCUCGUCUCUCCUUCAGGCCACACUCGAGCAGCUGCUUCUUCCCCACCUCGUACCCUUGAAAGAUGAAGGCGGCAAGGCCUCUUGGAGAAUUUCGCUCGAUGUCAUUGUUCUUAAGGCCGGUGGCUGCCUCUUGGACGCAGUGAGCCUCGCCAUAUGGGGGGCCCUAAAGUCGCUCAGACUGCCAAGCGUUCUAAUCGAAGAGGCUGAGGAGAAGGACCAAGGCCUCGCCGUGACAGACCUCAAUGUUUCAUGCGACGAGCGUAUUGCUGCUGGGAGACCCUACCCCAUCGAUACGGUGCCGAUUCUCCUUACGGCUGCACAGAUCGGGGGGACUUAUUUGUGGGACUUGACGGACGUUGAAGCAGCUUGCGCAGACAGCUUCCUAGUGGCAGCCAUACUGCCCUCGGGAGCGUGCGUGGCUCUUCAAAAGUUUGGACACAUUCUCUCUGACUGCCGCACCCUGCAAACGACCCUCACAAUUUCACAACGGUUGAGCCGUGAGAUCCUGGAGGACCUGAAGCGCCAGUCGGAGCAAACAAAAGAUGCCCUUCACGGCCAACUUGACUCCUUCUUCUCCCUGGCCUCACUGUAG